AUGAGACAGCAUUUCCCAGAAUCAGCAUUAUUACAGCAUCUACUGCUACAACUGAUCGAGGAGUCUGCUACACCUUCACCGCUGCCCUUGUCCUUCUCACCAGAUACACUUGUAUAUUCAAAAUCUUCCCAAAUCCUGCAGGAAAAUCGUACCGCUUACGUCUUUUCUCCAUCCUGCCACGUCCUGCAGGAGAGCGGAGCCCGCGUCGUGGACCUGCGAAGCGACACUCUGACGCAACCCUCCCCGGCCAUGAAGGAGGCGAUGAUGGCGGCGCCUCUCGGGGACGACGUCUUCGGCGAGGACCCGACGGUCAUCGCCCUGCAGGAGAAAGUGGCGAAGUUGCUUGAAAAAGAGGCCGCUCUGUUCGUCCCGACGGGCACAAUGGGGAACCUUAUCUGCGUUUUGAAUCAUUGUCGGACCCGUGGUAGCGAAGUAUUGCUCGGCAACCUAAGUCACAUUCACGUCUGGGAACAAGGAGGCAUAUCCCAGGGCCCUCCGCUUGCGAAAGGCCCUGGCGGCGGCAUGCGGCAGGCGGGGGUCCUCGCGGCCGCAGGAAUCUACGCCCUGGACCACGUGAUGCCCGCCCUCGCCCGCGACCACGGCUUCCUGGGCGCCACAUGCCGGUCCCUGGGGCUGCCGGUGCACAUGGACGGAGCCAGGCUGAUGAACGCCGCGGCGGCGCUGGAGGUGCCCCCGGCGAGGCUGGUGCGCGACUGCGCCUCCGUCUCCGUCUGCCUCAGCAAGGGCCUCGGGGCGCCGGUCGGCUCCGUGAUCGCGGGGACCCAGGACUUCAUUCGCGGGGCCCUCCGCUUGCGAAAGGCCCUGGGCGGCGGCAUGCGGCAGGCGGGGGUCCUCGCGGCCGCAGGAAUCUACGCCCUGGACCACGUGAUGCCCGCCCUCGCCCGCGACCACGGCUUCGUCCGGACCAUCGCUCGGGCCGUUAAUGACCUCGGGAGUAAAGUCAUCAAGGUCGACCUUGAAGGCGUCCAGACCAACAUUCUGCUUCUCGAGUGUGACCUCAAGUACGUCAGGCCCGAGCAGGUGUGCAGUCGGUUGCUGGAGGUUAAAAAGGGAGAAAUAAAAGAAACUGGAGAAGAGGUCAUCGUAAGAGCACUACCCAUGACGGAAUCCACAGUCAGACUGGUCGUUCACUGCGACAUCACGCCUGAAGACAUUCCGCUUGUGAUUAAAAAGCUGGUUUACGUCAUCAGAGAAUUCGAGCGUGAGUGAAAUUCCUAAGGUGUGAGGUAUCCUGUGUCACGAAUAAGAAGCGUCGACGUGAACAGAAGUUAAAAUGCGUCGACUGUGAUUUCGAGAGAAAAAAAGCGGGAUUCUUUUGUUAUUCUCAUGAGACAUAACGAGAAAAACGGCCACAGUUAGAAUUGGAAACUAUUUUGUAACGUUUCGAAUUCAUCAAGAGUUUCUCAUCUAAAAAGCCGGAAUGGGUUCAUUCUGGUGUUUAUUACGUCUGAGAAGAAACUUUUGACGUGUUCAAAACUGUUGCUUUCGUUUUCAGGUCAUAGUGUAGCAGACAUUUUCUUUGUGUUGUUAUAAGGUUAAUUCUCUGAGAUAUGUUACUGAGAAAAAAAGUAAAUAUAUUUAUGUA